AUGUUAAGACGGCCAGCCACAACCCUGACACUUUCAAAGGAAGAAGUAACAGAUUUAAUAAGUCAUCUACAAGAAAAAACACUAGAAGAAAGACUAAAAACUAGAAUACCGAAACAGCUAUCCGAAUCUACUAAUGAAAAUUCUAAAUUUAAUGCUAGAAAAAAAGAAAAUGAGAAAGGUGUACCUGUAGGACUUUGGAAAAACAGCCCUUUAAAAUCAGCACCUCACUCAACUAGAUUGUUAGAUCAAUUGAAUAUUAGUUCAUUAGAGAAUCACCCAGAACUGCAGAAUUUAGCAGAGAGUAGUGCUUCUCAAGAAGAAAAUCCAUUUUAUCAGCCAGAACAACGUUAG